CUAAAAAAUAGGCGUGGCUGCCCAGUCAGCAAUUGCUGAGUUUGUAAUUUGCAAUGGAGGUUUCGGAGAUCUCUUUCUUGAGAAAUAAGGUGGUGGAGCCGGAGGUUUUUGUAAUCGAGGGAAAGAGUUUUCUAGAGAAAAUGAGACACACGAGCUGUUUCGAUCUAGUGAGACGGAUCAAAGCAUUCAUCAACGCCUUUACUGAGAUGGAGGGAAAGCACAAUCCGGACCAGUUCUCUUCCAAGCUUCAAGGAUUCUUAGAUGAAAUUAAUUUGGUGAUUCAGGAUCACUCCCAAUGGAGGGACGAGGAUGAGGUUGGGAUUAAAAAAGCUAUGGAGGCACUGGAAAGGUAUCUCUUGACAAGGCUGUAUAGCACUGCGUUUUACCUUCCAACAUCUACUGACGCUGAAGAUGAUGAGAGUUUUUAUUAUCGUGUCAGAUUACUUCAAUUUCUGCAACCCGACCACUUAGACCUUCCUAAAAGGAAAUAUAAUCAGAUCGCUUUUGAGAUGGCUGCACAAGAGUUUAGCAGGCUUGAGGAAGAUUUGUUAAAAUCCCCAAGAGAGAAGCUGGCAUGCAUCAUUAAUGCAGUCAAGAUCGUCAUCAAUUUGUUGAAAUAUUCCACAAGUGAUGGUGGAACAGGAGCUGAUGAUUUCCUUCCUUAUAUCAUUUACCUAAUUCUCCUUACAUCCCCAAAGCACAUCCAUUCAAACCUAAGGUAUAUUAGAAGAUUUAGAAGGCCAACCUCAAUGACCAGUGAAGAAGCUUAUUACCUGACACAAGUGGAAAGUGGUGUAAUGUUUAUAAGCACGCUGGACCAUACCUCUCUCUCUAUCACUGAGGAGGAAUUCAAAAGAGGGAUGUCAGAGGCUGAAGACAAGAUUAAGAAUGGUAGAGAUGUUCCUCGCCGGUUCUCAAAGGAGCAGGGAGGCUGGGAGAGGCUACUCGUUGACCUGGCAGCCACAAACCCUUCCUUUAAAGAAAGGGAUGAGGUCCUUAGCCCUCUGCAAGAGGAAGAGAAGGAACUAGAUGAGAGUAAAGGUCCUCGCUUGCCGACCAUCAACGACUCCAUUGGGUUCCCACAGUCUGAGAACUUUGAGGAUGAGGAGGAGAGAGAAGGAGAGGAGGAGGAGGAGGAGGAGGAGGUAAAGGAAAUGGUGGAUACAGCAACUUCAGAUAAGAUGGAGGGAAGCUCCAUCUCUCGUGGGCAACUACUAAUGGCCACCAUUAGUGACUGCUUACUGCCCAAACUGCUACAAAAGAAAUUUGAGGACAUGACUGUGAGUGAGCUGAAAGAGCUUCAUAAUUGUUAUAAGACAUUAGGGAGUAGAUUAGAGGGGUUGAAAGAAGAGAGACCGUCUUAAUUUAUAAACAAAACUAAAUACGGUAACCUUUUAUCUCUUAUUAUUAUUAUUAUUAUUAUUAUUUUUAUUUUUAUGAAAUAUAUCCCAGCUUAUAAUUAUUUAUAUUUGUACCUAUCAAUAAUAAUUAUUAAAUUAUUAUUAAUUUCUCUCACUGCGUCUUGUCUGUGUCUCUGUGGUAUAGAGCAUUAUCUUGUAAUGGUCACUGAUUUUUGACCUAAUAUGGUAUCCAUUAAUGACAUAUCACACAGGAAGAAACAAGAGUGCAAACUACAAGAAAGCUAUGCAAGGAAUGUGGUACAAUCUUUAUACCAAACCUCACAUGAAUGAGAAGAAUUGUGUAUGUUACAACUGUGGAUCUACAGCAUACCUGUGGUCAUUGAUUUUCUAUAAGGUCAUAUUUUUGUGGAUUUGGUACAAUUAAGUGCUCCAUUACAGUGAGGAGAGGGGUAAGAUUUUGGGAAAGGAAAGCUCAGUGGGGAAAGGGGUUGUAUAUAUAGAGAGAAAGUAAUAUCAGUUUCCAGGAAUCGUAAUGUUUAUUAUUUUAACUGUAUUAUAUCUCCAACCAUGCAUAUCCUGGAUUGUGGAUAUUCAUUAUCAUCAGGGCACAAUGCAAAAGUCCUGACUGAGCAAACACAGUUGUUAUAUUUUAAUUCAUUAGCACUGCACCUUCUCUCUUCCUUUCAACCUUCUUUCGUCCUCCUUCCUCUUCCUUUUGCUGAGAUAUAUUAGCGAGAGCUAAUAAAUAUUUUUUUUGUUGGUCCGUUAAUACGUGCACAAACAGUCAACAUGUUUUGUAUAGUCUUAGAUAUUGGCAGCUAGCAACAAUAUUGCGUCAUAAUAUUUAUCGCUGGCCUAUCGGCUCUCUAUUUAAUCCAGGCCUUGAGGCUUUAUUUGAUGGUGUGAGCCAUUAUGUGACAUUUCUCUAAAGACUAAUCAUUUACUUCCUUUCCUGAAAAUAUUCAUAGCUUGAGCUCCAGCAAAUUAUUUUAAUUAUAUUCUGUGGUUUGCUAUUGAUACCGCAGUUUCGUGCUCGGGCGGGAUUUCCAAGUGAUUUGCGAGGGCUUGAUACUCUGUCAGUGUUUCUCAUCUCUAUUCAGUUUCA